CUUCUGGAAGCAAAAUGUCCGUUCUUCACCUUCUUACAAAUUCUAUAUACUAACAUAAAACUUUCUUCUUCUUUCCCUAAAACCCAAAUCCUCAGAACCAAAUCAUUUCUAAAUCUCUUCACAAAUUCCGUUGAUCCCUGUAGAAAAAUGGUCCGCAUAGAAAUGGAGGAACACCAGGACGAAGUUCCCAAUCCUCCCAACCCCUCUGCAUCGGCCAAAACGACGACGGAUUCAAGCAGCGGUCCGUCAACAUCCAAUGCGAGCAAAAACCCUUCCGAUGGUUACGAGACUGCCAGCGAUGGGGAGCUUGGUGAUAGUGCCGAUGAGUGUCAAGAGAAUCCUGAUCAACAUUCAGAACAGGGGGAACGAAUUGCCACGAUCAGUGAAGAUGAGAUUAAAGAGAAAGCCUUGGCUGAAGCAAAUAAUGCAAAGUUGGCGGGAAACAAACUGUUUGGAGAAGGAAAAUAUGAGGAGGCAAUAUCUGAGUAUGAUCGUGCUUUAAACAUUGCUCCGGACGUGCCCGUUGCGGUGGAGUUACGGUCCAUAUGCAAUGCAAAUCGUGGCGCUUGUUUCCUAAAACUAGAAAAAUAUGAUGACACUAUCAAAGCAUGCUCCAAGGCAAUUGAGCUGAAUCCUGCAUAUGUCAAAGCUUUGUCUAGAAGAGGAGAGGCUCAUGAGAAGCUUGAACACUUUGAGGAGGCCAUUAAUGAUAUGAAAAAGAUAUUGGAAUUGGAUUCAUCAAAUGACCAAGCUAAGAAGACUAUCCGUCGCCUUGAACCACUAGCCGAACAAAAACGAGAAAAGAUGAAAGAAGAGAUGAUCGGAAAGUUGAAAGACAUGGGCAAUUCUUUGUUGGGUCGUUUUGGUAUGAGCGUGGACAACUUCAAGGCUGUCAAAGACCCAAAUACCGGUUCCUAUUCAAUUUCAUUCCAACGAUAGUUUGGCCUUACCCGAUUUGUAUUUACGGCGACGGUAAGAGAAAAAGUAUACAAAAAAAGAAAAAAAAAAAACAAUUCCUGUAUGUAUUGACCAUUGUUUAUUCCUGGAUUUAGUGAUUAUUAACUGAUGGUAAUGUUUAAAUUUUAGGCUAUGGUUGGUUUUUUCCCAUGAAUGGUUCAUUGUUUAUUGUUGUUACUUGUUACCUUGUGAGGUUUUCUGUUCUACUUUGAAAGCAAAACUUGGGAUUUUCGAUCCCAGUUCAGGAUCAUGAGAUCCUUUUCUAUUAGAUAGGAAGGGUUGCUCAAAAUGUACUAAGUCAUUGCUCCAUAAAUCCUACAUAUAUCUAUAUGAAGAAGAAAUCAUUUAUAA